AUGUUUCCAGACCUGCAGAAACCAACUUUGUUCCUGCUACUUCCUGUGUCUCCAGUUCAGGCCAUCCACCAGCCUAUACCCAAUGCCCACAUUUCCCAAGGUGCUAAACACCUGUUUUAUGGCUGCAAGCUGCAGAACAUCAUCUCAUGUGGGUAUCGAUCACUGAAUUUUUCGUCCAUUACCUGCCAUUCUUUGAGAUAUCUCUCCUAUGACCGUCAACUUCUAUGUUAUGAUUCCAGCAGGUUCAGACCUCUAGACUUUGUAUCUAACAGUGUUCAACCUGUUCCCCACAUAUACAGCAGUUUCCAACCAGCUUUUUCUUCCUUUGGGACUUGGCAAUCUCCAUUCAUUAGAAGAUCAUGGUGA